AUGUCAAUACACAAUUUAAAUAAUAUAUUAUUUUCAAAAGUCUUUAAUAAUACAGUUAUUAGAAAUGAGAUAUUCAAUCAAGUUUAUACAAUUAAUAAGAUGUUGACACUGUUUAAAAACUCAAAUUAUCCAACAAAAACAAUUAAAUAUAAUCAAUUGAUAGAAUCACCAAAAGCUCUGAUUGGAAACGACUAUCUUGAUUUACUCAUUCAGCACGUAAAUGUUCAUGGCUUAGAUAAGAAUAAGAUUUCAUAUUCUUUUGUAUGGUCAGUUGCACUUGGAAAUCUUAGAAUACUACAAUAUCUUUAUACUUUGGUUAUGGAUGAAGAUAUCAUAAGGAGAUUGAAAUCUACUCAUCUGAUGGGCAAAGCUGCAUUAAAAUGUAAUAUUCCAAUGUUGGAAUGGAUGAACCAGAACAAUACUUUGGAGAUAUUCCAAUAUUCAAAAAUUGAUUUUGAAUUUUUACCAGGUAGACCAAAUGGUUUGAAUACAAUGAAAUGGCUUCAUAGUAAUCUUCAUAUGGAACCGAAUGAAAAUCAUAUAUAUCCUGCUGCUGGUUCUGGUGAUUUAGAGACACUGAUUUGGGUCGUUGAACACUACAAAGGCAAUCCUAAUGAACCUAAUCCUAAGCUUUGGACAAAGGUGGCAAGGACUGCUGCAAGAAAUGGGCAUGUACAUAUUCUCAAAUGGAUCAACGAGCAUCAUCGACCUGAUGACCACCAGUUGUCUACUCUAUACGGUAUAGAAUUUGACCUCAGUACUCAUGAACAUUGUGAUACAAUCGAUUGGAUUCAUAAGAAUUGGCCUGCUGUCAAUUUCGAUCAAAAUUAUGAUUCUUUUGUAUCGUAUGGAUCACUGGAACUGAUACGUUGGAUUCACGAGAAUCUGUCAGCAACAAACACACAACCUUUAUUCACAUUGGAAGCAAUGAACAACGCCGCUCGUUCCAAUAGUUUGGAGGUUGUAGAGUUCCUCCAUUACAAUCGAACUGAAGGAUGUGAUGGAAGAGCAAUACAUCACGCAGCAAUCAAUGGAAGAAAAGACAUAGUCGAGUUUCUCUUGUCAAAAGGAUACGAGAGUGAUAUGUUUACAACUACCAUUGAAGAAACUGAAAGAAACCUCUAUCCAGAGAUUGUUUCUCUAAUACGUGAGCAUCUUUCACAAAGUAGAAGAGAAUAA